AUGCUUGAAUCUCAAGCAGCAGCAGCAGUUGCCGCAGCAAGUGCAUCUAAUAUCCAUCCAAACAUUGAAAACCAAUUGACUGACGAUUUGGUCACCCAAAAGUUCUUUGAAUUCCAUCCUUUGAAUACCGUUGUUGACAAAAUCAGGGAAAUCGUCGGACGUAACUUUGCUUCUGAAGAAGCCGAAGAGUUGAUCAAUGCCUUGUACAGCGAAGCUGGUAUACAAAAGAAGUUUGGUAUGUUCAUCAUUGCCAGUGUAUGUGGUGACUUAACUCUUAUCCCAGAUUACAUUGAACAGUUUUUGAAAACUGCUCAAAACCCUCCAGUUGACAUCCAUGGUAUUUGGACAAAGAGAGACGACGAGUUGUUAAAGAAAGCCGAUGAGGGUGAUAAGGAGGCCCUAGAGUUUGUCAUCAAGCUUCACGGCGACAAGAGAUGUGAUUUGAGAAGAACGUUUAUGACUGAUCAUGUGGGUUGA